GUUGUAUGUAUUGUUCAGUUACAUGUCAUGAUCCGCUGUGAACGCACGCGUCUGCGAUAAAAAUAUCCGAAUUUACGUACGCGACUGUGGUUAGAACAAAAGACAACAGUUUUAUAUUAGAGUGAACUAAAUUAGUGUUUUACAAUCAUCGAAUAAUUGUUUGUGAUUUAAUUUAAAAAAUCGAUUAAUAUCGAUUAGAUAUUUUUUUUUUAAUUUGAUGCGGAUUUUCGAAAGCGUAUCACCAGUGCCUCACAAGAUGCGUGGGCGCACGCCGCGCUGGCUGUGGGUGGGCGCAGGGAGCGGUGCGCUGUUGGCGCUAGUAGCACUCUCCGCGGCCCUCGCGUGGACGAAUAUCUUUGAUUCUGCGUUAGCUACUCAACUAGCGCUGACUCCUACCUCCAGAUCGUUCCGCAACUGGGUGGCUCCGACAGUGCCUCUAUUCUUUGACGUCUACUUCUUCAACUGGACCAAUGCUGACCGGUUCCCGGGGGAGAAACCUGACUUAGUUCAAUUGGGACCAUACCGUUUCAUAGAGAAACGCCAACACGUGAACGUGACCUGGUUUGACAACAAUGGAACAGUGGCCUACAGGACUCAGAGGAGCUGGUUCUUCGACGACGCUUCAUCUAAUGGAACUCUUCAGGAUAAUAUUACUACACUUAACGCUAUUGCCGCUUCAGCAGUCUACCGGUCCAGGUUCUGGGGUUUCCUUCAGCAGAAAGGCUUAUCCAUGGGGUUAGCCAUGUUCAACCAGAACAUUGCAGUCUCUAAGCUGGCUAAGGAACUGCUUUUUGAUGGAUAUGAAGACCCAUUGCUGGAUUUAGCGAAGAGUCUACCUUCCAGCACCACGGGAGGAGCUCCACCGGUUGAUAAAUUUGGAUGGUUUUAUGAGAGGAACAACUCCUUGGAUACUGACGGCUACAUGGAGGUGUCUACUGGACAGCUAAGCGGCACUAUACCCGGACAGAUCCUCAGGUGGAACUAUGAGGACCAUCUCCCGUUCUAUGAAGGAGAGUGCUCCAAACUAUCCGGCAGUGCAGGCGAGUUUAUGGCCCGCAAUCUUACAGAAGAGUCUAUACUGCCGAUGUUCGUACCAGACCUGUGCCGUACCGUGAACAUGGAGUACGUAGACAGCGGCGACCAGAGCGGCUUGCUGUUCAACAAGUAUGCUCUUACGGAGAGGAGCUUUGAUAACUCGACAACAUCCCCCUCAAACACAUGCUUCUGCAACGGCGAGUGUGCAUGGAGUGGCGUGAUGAACGUAUCAGCGUGCCGCUUCGGUUCACCCGCGUUCCUCUCGCUGCCUCACUUCCUGCACGGUGAUGCUCAGCUACGGGAGUUUGUGACGGGGAUGCAGCCUGAUCCUGAUGCUCAUUCGUUUUAUUUUGCUGUUGAACCUAAACUGGGAGUUCCACUAGACGUAGCUGCAAGGUUCCAGCUCAACAUUUACAUGGAACCCAGUGAGCACGUCACACUCUACCAAGACGUGCCCAGAAUGCUGUUUCCAAUAUUCUGGGUAGAACAGAAAGUCAAAAUGGACGAAAGUGUCAUCGCAGAACUGCGCUUCGUUCGCGCCAUUUUCGACUGGGGAGGAACCAUCUGCGCGUGCGCUGCUCUCGUCUUUGCUGCCCUAGUUACCAUAGCAACGUGCUGGGCAAGAAAACCCCACUAUAUAAAAAAAGAGUGCGUCUUCGAAAAACCGAGAGACGAAGCCGAAUUAAAACUUAACCCUAUAUGAAUAUUAUAUUAAUUUGUGUCAAUACUCAAAUAUGGAACGUAGAUCUUCGAAAGGUCGUGAAGUUCAACCGUUCGUCAAACGGUAAUGACGAAUAGAUUCGUUGACGAAUUUUUACGAAGUUCGUCUUUUAGCGAAUUAAAAAAAUUACUAUAUUUUGUAAGAUUUUUUAAUGUAAGUCUAGUAUGUUCGUGUUUUUUAUGUAUGUUAAUGAUUGUGAUUUGUGCGACGCGUGAGGAUGAAUUAUUUAAUAACUGCUUAAAUUGAUUGAUUGAUUAUAAUCUCCUUAAAAUUUUGAAAACAUACGAAAAAUGUUUUAGCUAUAAAGCUUUUUAAAUUCAUUAGUUUUGAUGUACCUACAAUCCUACAUAUAAUCUCCGUCCAAAAAGAACUUGCCAAAAUAAUAAACUUUAUUUUGGCGCAUAGAAAAAUAAAAUAAAAUCAAAAUCUCUAUUUCAAACUUGGUUUCAAAAAAAUAGAGGAGCUUCACUAGAAAUUGAUAUAAAAUAUAUAUUUUAUGAAUUGUAUUUUUUUGAAUUUUAUGCGUAUCAGAUUGUCCUGUGAUAUUGAUAGUGUGUAUGUGUGUGUGAGUUGUGUAUAUGUGUGCUUUGUAUUGAUAUUUCUACGUGUUGCCAUGUUAGUUUUAAACGAAGACACAGUUAUUAUGACAAAUAUGCAUUUAAAAAGUAAAAAAAAAUAUUUUAAGAAUUUUUUGAAGUGAUAUAAAUUUUUUGAUCUUUUUUUUGUAAUAAAUAGAAAGUAUUAUGAUAAUAUUUGUGAUAAUAAACGUGUUUGAAUAAAGAAUUUACAUUGUAAGUUUAUUGAUUUCAGACCAAAGAAAUUUUGUAUGUGUUUUUUUUGAAAAAAAAAAAAAUGCUUAAGUGCGAAGCACAUUUUCCGUGUACCAUUCCAGUAAAAAUAAGAAAUAAUCUUAAAAAUAGAAAAGCUCAUUCUAUCUUGUGAUACACAGCGAUAUUACUUUUGAUUAAUAUUCAGUGAUAUGACAAUUUAUUAAAAAAAAAAAAAAAAUUUAACCACUAUUACUUUAAAAAUAAAUAUUUAAUAAAAGUUUUAAGUUAAACCUCAGUACAAUAAAUGGACAGAGAUAUUUUUGUAAUAAACUAACGCAUUAUUUUUUAACAAUAUAUUAAAAUUUACGUGACAAUAGUUUAAGUAUUAAAACAUAUAGAGUUAGUUUUUUAAGAGAAUAUAAUAAAUAAACCACUCAUUUUGACAUAAUACUUAUUGUUCAAAUUAUGCUCAACUUUACAUACUGAUAAGUCGAUAAACGAAUAUCGAAAGAUUUUUUGCAAUCAAGUAUAAAUGCAUGUAUAUUUAUGAUAAUAGGUAUCAACUUCUAUACCUACAAAUACAAACAGCAGUUUAAAAAAUUGCUCAGUUUUAUGCAUUCCAAGAAAUAUUCAGAAAAUUGAAAAAAUUGAAAGCAUAGCUCGUAAAAAUACCCACCGCAUUGUUUUCUCCAUGUGGUCUCAAAUUAUAUGUUUGAAAAACUAGAACAAUACUCUGGGCUUGUCGUGUUUAUAUUUGUAAGAAGUUCCAAUAACUUGAUUUGUGUUCUUUUAUUAGUUUUUGAAAAUUUUGUCGGACUGUGAUUGUAAAAAUGUUGACCUACCCCUGACCAGCUUGUCAGUGAAAAAAAUAAUUUGAUACUGUGUCUAAGCAAAUGUUGAUUUAGGUGUACAAAAAAGAAACCAUUUUUAAAUAAUAUAAAAAAUAAUAGUUGAUAUA